CUGCCACUGUCGUACAAAUACCGGCCAUGAAUUCCUCAACGCAGUUUCUCACAGCUUCCGAAAUCUUCUUCACCGCCGAUCGAUCGCCAUGGAUUUUUCUCUCCUUCUCCUCCUCGUGAUGAUGCUUUGUCCGUUUGCGUUUCUUCAUGCAUAUUCCGACGAUCUCGAAGCUCUAUUAACGCUCAAAGCGUCAUUGAUCGGACCGUCAGGCUCGGGGCUGGACGACUGGGUUGCUCCGCCGUCGCCGUCGGCCUAUGCGCAUUGCGUCUUCUCCGGUGUCACGUGUGAUGGCAACGGUCGCGUGACGUCGCUGAACAUAACCAACCAGCGCCUUUUCGGAACGAUUUCGCCGGCGAUUGGGCGGCUGAGCAGUCUCGUGAACCUGACGCUGGUUUCGGAUAAUCUGACCGGACCUAUUCCGGUAGAGUUAGGUGAUUUGGCAGCGUUGGAGUAUCUUAAUCUCAGCGAGAACGUGAUUAAUAAGACGAUUGAUGGAGCGAUGGUGAUGAAAUUCAGCAAGCUCCAAGUGUUCGAUGUGUAUAACAACAAUUUCACGGGAAAUUUGCCAGCGGAGUUUGUAUUGUUGAAGAAGCUGAGGAUUCUAAACCUUGGAGGCAAUUACUUCUCCGGCGUAAUUCCGGAGAUCUAUUCCGAGUUCGAGAGCUUGACUCAUUUGGCUUUGCGUGGAAACAGUUUGACGGGGAGAAUUCCGGUAGGAUUGUCGAAGAUUCCGAACCUUCAAGAGCUCUAUCUAGGGUAUUACAACAUGUACGAAGGAGGUAUUCCUCCAGAAUUCGGCUUCAUAUCUACUCUUCGGUUGCUAGAUCUCGGCCAGUGCAAUCUCAACGGAGAAAUUCCGGCUACUCUCGGGAAUCUUAAGCAUUUGCAUAGUCUAUUUCUUCAGAUAAAUAACCUAAGUGGACAAAUCCCGCCGGAGCUAUCUGAAAUGACGAGUUUGAUGUCGUUAGACCUUUCCAUCAACAAUUUCAGUGGAGAAAUACCUGGUAAUUUUUCAAAACUGAGGAACCUGACGUUGAUUAAUCUGUUCCAGAACAAAUUCCAGGGUCCUCUCCCGUCGUUCAUAGGCGACCUUCCGAACCUUGAGGUUUUACAGAUUUGGAACAACAAUUUCACCUUCAGUCUGCCGGAAAAUCUAGGCAGCAGCGGAAGAUUGAAGCUGCUUGACGUCACUAAGAAUCAUCUGACAGGGCCGAUACCGAUGAACUUGUGCAAAGGAGGGAAACUGGAAACUCUGAUAUUGAUGGAGAACUACUUUUAUGGCCCUUUGCCCGAAGAGAUUGGGGAGUGCAAGUCUCUGACAAGGAUACGGAUAGAGAAGAAUUUCUUUAAUGGCAGUAUUCCCGCAGGGUUUUUCAGGCUGCCAUUGUUGGUUCUGCUUGAACUCAAUGAUAAUUAUUUCUCUGGAGAGCUGCCGGAGGAGAUGUCUGCCACCAAAUUGGGAGGUCUCACUCUGUCCAACAAUUGGAUCACAGGGAACAUACCUCCUUCUAUUGCGAAGCUUGAAAAUCUAGAGAUUUUAUCACUCGAUAUGAACAGUUUCUCUGGAGAGAUCCCCGGCGAAGUUUUCAAUCUGAAGAAGCUUUUGAAGGUGAAUCUCAGCUACAACGCCCUGACAGGUGAAAUCCCUGGAUCCAUUGUAAAUUCUCCCCAUUUGACAUUCAUUGAUUUGAGCAAGAACAGCUUGUGUGGUGGAAUUCCAAGGAGUGUUUCUGAGCUACAGAAUCUGAAUGUUCUUAACCUGUCUAGAAAUCGAUUGGAGGGCGAAAUUCCAGGGGAGAUCGGGCAGAUGAAUAGCUUAACAGUGUUGGAUCUUUCAUACAACGAUUUCUCGGGUAGAAGGCCUAUAACAGGGCUGCUAAAAGCUUUUGAUGAUCGCUUCUUUGUUGGCAAUCCUAAGCUCUGCUCGCCUCGCAGCACAGACUGCCCGACUGCUGUCACUCCGCCACACGAAUCUCACAAGAAGCACACGCCGAAGGUUGCUGUGAUCACCAUAGUACUCGUUACUGUCUCGCUUCUGCUUCUCGGAGCCUGGAUUUUACUUCGAAGGCGCCAGCUUGAGAAAUCACGAACAUGGAAGCUCACAGUGUUCCACAAGCUGGAUUUCAGAGUUGAGGACAUUCUCGAAUGCUUAAAAGACGAGAACGUAAUCGGCAAAGGUGGAGCCGGGAUAGUCUACCGAGGCGCCAUGCCUAAUGGGAUUGACGUUGCGAUCAAGCGCCUGCGAGGACACGCCAGCAGCUGCAACGACCGCGGAUUCAUGGCAGAAAUCCAGACUCUCGGAAGUAUCCGUCACAGGAACAUCGUCCGCCUCUUGGGGUACUUAUCGAACAAGGAUACGAACUUGUUAUUAUAUGAGUACAUGUCCCAUGGAAGCUUGGGGGAGAUGAUCCAUGGCUCCAAAGGAGCUCAUCUGCAAUGGGAUUCGCGGUACCGUAUCGCAGUCGAGGCGGCAAAGGGACUCUGCUACUUGCACCACGACUGCUCGCCCUCGAUCAUCCACCGCGACGUGAAGUCGAACAACAUUCUCCUCAACUCCGACUACGAGGCCCAUGUCGCCGAUUUCGGGCUCGCCAAAUUCUUCCACGACGCCGACGCUUCCGAGUGCAUGUCCUCCAUCGCCGGAUCCUACGGCUACAUCGCACCAGAGUAUGCCUACACGUUGAAGGUCGACCAGAAAACCGACGUGUACAGCUUCGGCGUGGUGCUGUUGGAGCUGAUCACGGGGCGGAAGCCGGUGGGCGAGUUCGGGGAGGGCGUGGACAUCGUGAGGUGGGUGAGGAAGACGACGUCGGAACUUGCUCACCUCACCGAUGCCGCGUCGGCUCUCGCCAUCGUCGACUCCCGACUGGCGGCGCCGCCGCUGUCUGGGGUGCUGAACAUGUUCCGGAUUGCGAUGAUGUGCGUGGAGGACGAGAGCUCGGCCCGGCCGUCGAUGAGGGAAGUUGUUUACAUGCUUACUGUUCCUUCGCAGACGGGUACGUCGCCUCCUGACCUUAUUAAUUUGUGAUUUUAUGAUUUUAGUUUAGUGUUAAUUUUUGAGGGAAUAAAUUAGAGGUGUGUAUUUAGUAGUUGUUGUUGUUGUUUAAAUGUUUGGUGAAUAAUAAUAAGUUUGUUUGGUGUUUUGAUGAGUUUUGUGUUGUGGGGAGUUUGUGAAUUAAUAUGUUUAUGGGUUGCGUAGUUUGCUGGAAAUAUUGUGAAUUUGUGACUAUAAGUUGGUUAGUUUGAAUAGAGAAUUUUGUAUGUGGAUAUGUUCAUUGUAUUAAUUCUUUUUUAGUACUUCUAUUUCAUUCCAAUUCUUGUAUGUGCUGC